UGCGCCAGGUAUAUUCCGGUUUUGUUUUUUCAAAACUACCGAAGCGCGCGUCCGCGGAGAAUCCGCUUCUAGGUGAGUGAGUGAGCACUUGGUGGAAGCUUCUGAUUUUCGUCUAGGAUCCGUCCAAGCGGGAUCACAAUUGAUCACUUUCAAGACUGUCCUGAGGAGCUCAUGGCCCCGAGCGACGAUGAUGAAUACGGUGAAUAUGAGAAAGAAAAACCGGCUGAGCAGGUCAAGAAGACCACCGACGACGUAAAAAACGCUGUCAAGGACGAUGGUCAGAACAAAGGGAAGUCUGUGAGAGACAAGGCCAAUGAUUUAAAGCAACAAGCUGGUGAGAUUGUUGGCAAAGGACAGGGGAAGCUAGCUCCGUAUUUCUCAACCGCCAAGGAAAAGACGGAAAAGCUGGAGGCAAAGAAGCCCGCGGUACAGGAGGAAGCUAAAGAAAUGCUAGAUCAGGCCAAGCACACGGUUAGCAAGGUGGUCCAACAGGAAAGCAAGGAUGUGUUGGAAGGAGUGAAGAGGCUGGCCAAGGACGAAAAGGCAUUUCACGACGCAGCUCACAAGGUUGCUGAGAAGAUCCACCAUGGUGGCGCAGGGGAGUCUGAAGGACAUCAGCAAGAGCACUCAAAUUAUAGACAACAAGAGCACUCGGAUGUAAACGAGAAAAAUCAGCAGCAUCAUAUUCCAGACUUUAGUGAUUUCAGUGAAAUGGAAGAGGAGGACUGGUCCGACGAGGCAGAAGGAUCGAGCCACCAUCCUAAGCAGCACCUAUUAAACGAGCACAGGGCUGCUCACGGGCAUCAACACCAUCCUCCUCACCAGCCUCAAAAGAGAAAAAAGAGUCCGCUGGGUUAUUUCAAGGUUGGCGCCAAGUUGGCAGGGAAGGAGAAGAACAAAGGGACGCAAGAUAAUCACCAGGGAGAACAGCAGCAGCAGCAACCGCAGCAGCAGCAAGAACAGCAUGGUGGCGGUGUUUUGGGGACUGUCAAGUCUGUGUUUGGACAGGGGUCUGCUGGAGAGAAGUCACUCGACACGGCUUCAAAUCUAGCGCAGAAGAAGCUGGGCCAAAUGCGGCAUGUCGUGGACGCUCAGAUGGACGAAGCUGGCAACGCCACUGCCGCGGAGAAGAAGACUCAAGGCGUCGGACUCGUACAGUCCUUUGUGUGCCUAUGCACCUGUGCGUCGAGUGUUCACGUAAGCGGUUAAUCAGCAAAGAGCGGGCAAGUAGAGCAGCUUUCUGGUCAGCUGGACAGCUUCGUACGAAUCAAGCCUCGUUAAAACUGGAAUCUCAGUCACAGGGGCUAUAACUCUAGGUGGCCUACAAAGCCACGACACACAUCACCAACAGGAGAACUUGUGCUGCUGGAGCCAAUGACAACGAGCUCGACGCUGUUGCUGGUGGACUCCCAGUAUCGGACAGCGGGUCGUCAGAUCCCCCAGAAGUCUGGCCCGUCACUUGACCGUGUCCACCUUCAUCGCCAGGAGGAGGAUUCCCACUCGGAGGAGAAGACGAACUCCCAUCUGGUGGUGGUGGCGGAAGCGUUCCAGAGGUGUUCCAGAACCACUGCCAGGGCGAGACGCGGUCGUCGGGGUCCGGGGACGAAGACGGGGUCAGAGAAACGAGCGGACAGAUAGAAUACACUGCAGAGAAGCCAAAGUCAGCCGCAGGAAAGCAGGGAAAACCAUGCCAAAAGCAGGAAGAACUUACCGCCGGGGUCAUGGCGUUCGUGAUACGUGAGAUUGUGGUAGCACAGGACCUGGUCGAUCUUACUCUGGUCGGGGACGCAGUUCUCGUCCAGGUACUCGUUGAGCUCGCGAGUGACUUGGAUGCAGUAGCGGAUGUAGUCCUGGAAGACGGUGGUGCACAGGCAGCCUCCGUAGAGCGCCGUCUUGACGGACGUACAGCACGACUUGUAGUCGAGGGUGUUGCAAACUCCCAUCGCCUCGAACAUCUCGAAGUUGCAGCUAUAGCCAUCGCCGGGAUUGGGAUCCUCGAUCGCCCCGAGAUCAUCGCCCAGAUCAUGGACGGUGGUGCGUGAGUUGGAUCCAUUGACGCGCCGGAGACCAUCGAGCUUGAGGGCCAGAUCGAGACGAGAGGGCGACGAGCGCUGUGCGUGGAAGAGCAGGGAAGAAGCCACGAGAAGGAGAACAAGCACCAUUUUUUGGUUUGCUUCUUGGUUCUCAAAGGAAAUCUUAUAAGCUCUUUAAAGCGUCCAUGGCGGGAGACGAAACGAAACGUUCUAUCUUAUCAAAUUUCUUGAUCUUUGGUUUGA